CAUUGAUUGGCGCGAAGAGAAAUUAUUGAUUGCGUUGUUGAUCUCGUGUUAUUGUUUCCUUCUUGUUAAGUGAUGCGAAGUAACAAUGUGAUUUGCCAGUUCAUUGUAUUUAUCUUUUUAACGCAAUCAUGGAUGACAUGAAAGAUAAAAAUAUACAUCACACUGCCCAGAAGCUUGCAGAUGAAAUUCAAAACAUGUCCCUUUACAACAAUUUCUUUUGUGAUAUUCAGAGAAUGGUCUCAUCGCCAGAUGUGAAAAAAAAUCAGUUCAAAGAAACAUUGCUUGAAGCAAUGAAGAAAGCUGGAAUGGAAACAGAUCUGCGGAAUACUGUUUUUCAUUGGAUUCGAUCUCAUAAUAAUAUUGAAAGUAUAAAUGGAUAUCCUGCUAAAGAACCCUUGGGUUAUUUAAGAAAAGCACAGAUGCAGUGGGAGAAACGAAUACAAAAGUCUUUGAAUUCUAUGUGUAAUGAAAUUGGAGUACCUCUUGCUCGUUAUCGCCUUGCAUCUGAUCGAGAUGAAAUACUAGACAAGUGGACGGAAUUGAGCACUUAUGACGUAGAUCUUAGUCAAUAUCGACCAGUUUAUGCACCAAAAGAUUUCUUGGAAGUUCUUUUGUGGAUUCGAAGUCCAAAUUAUCAACAUACAGAUUCUUCUGGUGCGUGGGAUUUUACUCAGAUUCCUUUGAAAGUUAAAUCAUUUGCUGAAUUGCGAAACUUGUAUGUGGAUUUGGCCCGUGGGGAACCACUUCUUGGUGUAAAUCCCCACAUGCCCUCUUCAAGUAAUUUUCCGACACUGGAAGCAGAAAGAACCGCACUGGGAGAGAAAGUAAUAGCUUCAAACCAUGCUCCUGUUGCACAAGAAUUUUUGAAACGAGGAUGCCCUCGUUGCUUGAGAGGGAAAGUGUGGGCCCAAGUGCUGGGAUCCGACGUGAAACAGACGAACAUUGAUUACUUUAAGGAACUUAAGCAACGAGUUUUGUAUUUUGACUUAAUGGUUGAUAAAUUAAUAAUAAAGGAUGUACAGUUGACUGCUUCAAACGAUGAUCAAUACUUUGUUUUUGAAGACGUAUUGUACCAGGUCAUGCUGUGUUUUUCAAGAGAUACAGAAUUACUGACAGUGUUUAAUCACAGUGCUGCAAAUCCAGUGCAUGCUGUUCUAAAGAACAAACUACCUGCAGUGGAAAACACAGUAGUAUUUCCACCCAGUGGAGUGAUUCCUUUUCAUGGCUUUACUAUGUACUCCACGCCUUUCUGCUACCUAUAUGAUGAUCCUAUUGCCUUGUACUACACUUUCCGUGCAUUUUACAUGCGCUACUGGUUCCGUCUUCAUGAAGUUUCUUCACAUGAGCAGGGUAUACUCUGCCUGUGCUUACUGUUUGAGAAACUUCUUCAGCGCCAUGAGCCCCAGCUUUGGUAUCACUUUAAACAAAUAAAAAUACCCCCUGUACGAGUGGUAUUUAAAUGGCUGAUGCGUAGUUUCAGUGGCCAUUUACCUCCAGAGCAAUUACUAUUUUUAUGGGAUCUUAUAUUAGCAUAUGAUUCUCUGGAAAUAUUACCUUUGUUAGCUGUUUCUAUUAUAAGUUUUCGUAAGGACAAUUUGUUACAAGUUGAUACAUUGCAGAGCGUUGAGGCUGUUCUCGCUGAUUUAUCUUCAAUCACAGUUAUGCCACUGUUGCAAAUGACUCUAAUGAGAGACUAAAUAUUUUCAACAGUACAAAAUCAAUAAAUAUGAUGAAAGUUAUUAUAGUUAUUUAUAUGAGAUUUAUACUAUUAGGGAAUGACUUUUGCUGUAUAUGUGUCCAUUCAUAUUUUGUCUCAUAUCUGCAAGCGAAUAAAAUUG